AUGGAUCUAACCCAAGUACUGUUAAACUGCCACAAUUCAGUAGAGUCAGUUAGGAAGAAUGCUGAACAACAACUUCAGGUCGCCCAGGAGCAAAAUGUAGGUCAAUAUUUGACACUAUUGGCUGAGGAACUAUUUAAUGAAAGUAAACCAGAGUUAUCACGCCAACUGGCUGGACUACUACUAAAGAAUUCAGUAUCUGGCGUUGAGCCUAGAAUAGAUAUUGAAAAAAGAGGAAUGUGGAUAUCUUUACCACAGAACGUUACGUCAAAAAUUAAGGCACUAGUAUUAGAAUCUAUCUUGAGCCCAGUUGCAAGUGUAAGAGGUGCUUCUUGCCAAGUCAUUGCAAAGCUUGGGCGUGUAGAACUUCCUUGCCAAAGAUGGCCUGAACUUCUUCCGUACUUAAUCAGGCUUGUUCAAAACAAUUCUGAUAGCGAAAUGUCAGUUAUAUAUAAACGUUCUUCUUUAACAGCUUUGGGAUAUUUGUGUGAAGAUUCAAAACUAUUAGAAAAUGAGGUCUCAUCUCUAAUCAUUACAGAAGAUAUUAGUAACCAGAUUUUAACAGCAAUAGUUCAAGGUAUGAGCGACCCUGACUCAGAAACUGCAUUAGCAGCAACUAAAUCAUUCUACUAUGCAUUGUACUUUGCGAGAAGCAACUUUUCAAAUGAGAUGGAACGAAAUUUAAUAUUUCAAGUCCUUUGCACUUUAUGUGGAACAGAAGGGAACAAAAGAGAACUUCUUCAAACUGCAGCUUAUGAAUGCCUAGUGUCUAUAGCCUCUGAAUACUAUGAUUACUUGGGCUCAUAUUUGUCAAUAUUGGCCCCAAUGACUAUAAAGGGUAUUAAAGGUAUUUAUGAACCAGUUUCUGUUUGCUGUAUUGAAUUUUGGAAUACUAUUGCAGAUUUGGAAAUUGAGUUGUCACUUGAAGAUGAGCAUAAUAAUAUAGUAUCGAAUACAAGUUGUAUGCACUACAUUGCUCAGGUUCAGGCUAUGCUAAUACCAGUGAUGCUAGAAACGUUAUUAAGACAAAACGAUGAUGAUGACCUGGAAAGUUGGACAGUUGCUAAAGCAGCUGGUGCAUGUUUAACGCUUUGCUCUCAGCUUCUUGGUGAUAACAUACUGGAGCCCACGCUUGGCUUCAUUCAUUCCAACUUUUCUCAUUCUAAUUGGCAUAAUAGAGAGGCUGCUGUCCUAGCAUAUGGGAGUAUUCUUGAAGGCCCUAGCAUUCAGAAAAUGCAGCCAAUAGUUGAAACUUCGGUAACAAACUUAUGUCAGGCUUUAAAUGAUAACGUUGUUGCUGUUAGGGAUACUUGUGCAUGGACAAUUGGAAGGAUUGUUACGUUCCAUCCAACUAUCAUUUUUCCAUUGCUAGGUUAUCCUCCUCAACAAUCAGCUGAGCAUUCGAAUGGGUUACUAUCAUUAUUAUUACAAAGACUACUAGCUGAUGAUCCCCGUGUCUGUACAAAUAUUUGCUGGAUAAUACACCAAAUUGCGGAGUCUUCUCAGCAUGUAGAAGGAGGACAAAAAGUUGUAGAUAUAUGGUUCCCUUAUAUUGUGCAAAGUUUAUUACAGGCAUUUAAAAGAGAAAUAUCUGAUGAGAACAAUAUGAAACAAGCAUGCUUUAAUGCCUUAUCAAUGAUUGUGACUAAUUCUGGAGCAGAGAAUGAUAUGAACUUGAUUAACUUGGCACACGAAUUAAUUGUUGGCGAAGAAAUUGGAUUACAAAAGAUAAUGGAAAAAAAUCCUAUUCCGAGAUCCGAAACAACCGUUUUAAAUAUACAACUAGUUUGUGGGGCGCUAUAUGCAUUAACUACGAAACUUGGUAAGAGGUUGACGCUCCAAUAUUCACAAAUAUUACUCAGAUUGUAUUUUGAGCUAUUACGACAAGGUGGGGCUUCCGAAGAAUCUAUUCUUUCUCUGACUUCUCUAAUUGUAGCGAUGUCUCAUGACUUUUCUCCUUAUGUAGGUGAAUGCAUAUCUAUAAUAAUCCCUCUAAUCCAGAGUUAUGAUGAACUUGAUACAUGCAAGCAUUCGAUAGAGCUUAUUGGAGAUUUGGUUAGAUCCGUUGGAAAAGGAAUCAACCCAUCCUUGGAAGUGAUUGUUAAGACUUUGUGUGCAUUAUUAGCAAAAAAUGAUGUGGACAGGAAAGUUAAACCACUAGCAAUAGUUGCUCUUGGAGACAUGUCUAUGAAUUUGGGUGAGGACUUUAUUCCAUAUGUAAUUUCAGUGCUACAAUUGUUUCAGCAAGCAUCUAUUACACAAUACAGUGAUGGGCCAGUUAAUAGUGAAGACUGGAUAGAGUACUUAGGUGAGCUAAGGGAAUCUGUUUUACAAGGAUAUACUGGCAUUGUGUAUGGAAUGAAAGAUGCAAAGAAGCUUGAAAUAUUAGGUCCUUAUGUACCUGGUAUUAUUCAAUUUAUUGAUAAUAUUGUUAAGGAUUAUAGUGGCGAAUUCCCAAAUGAUUCAAAUUUGAGGAACGCUACCGCAUUAGUUGGUGAUUUAAUAACUGCAUUUAAUGGGCAGCUUAUCCAAUACUUGCUUUCUAAAGAUAAAAGAUCAAUUCUUGAAAAUAUUUGCAGCGUUGGAGAGACAUCUAGAAACCCCGAUAUUAUCGGUAAUAUAAAGUGGGUAAAAAAGCUCUGUAAUAUUUAA